CGUGGCUGCGGCUCAUUGUGGCCACUGUCAUUUCUUCCUCGUGUUCCCUCACUUAGAGGCAUCUAGUCGGGAGGAAGGGGUUCCAGAGAGACCCGUCCACUUUAGGGGAUUAGCGCUCCAGGAAACCGGAAACGUGGAUUGCACCAGUUCAUGCCUGGGAGUCCUGACCCUAGGUUCUCAACACAUAGGAAUGGAGCCCCGCACUACUCCUACCCUGACCCAGGGAGAUAGACUGUCAGUUUUCAGCCCAUCUUUUGACUCCUCCCUCUUGGCAUCUGGCAGAUCCAAGCAGCUGUCUAAGGAAAGUAAGCCAAGCACAACAGGUGCUCCGGAGGCCACCAUGAUCGGCUCAAACUCCAAGUCCUUCCCUAGCUUGGCUCGGUGGGCCGAGAGCUAUGAGGCCAAGUGUGAGCGGCGUCAGGAGGCCCGAGAAAGCCGCCGCCGCCGCCGCAAUGAGACCACCUGCCGCCAGCCAGGGAAGGUGCUGCGGACCCAACACAAGGAACACCUUCAGCGAGCUCGGCAGCUACAGUCCUCAGAAGGAGAAACCUGGAAGAAGAGAAGAAAGGUCAAUCCAGGGAGCAAGGGCCCUCCAGCAAGACAGAUGGAGGAACAGGCCAAGUGUCUAUCCUCAAAGGCCGUGCCUGGUGCCAACAGGACCUCUUUGCCUGGACAGCAGGAAACAGGGAUACGCUCCGAGGUUUUCCCAGCCUUGCAUCAUUCCCCCUCAGGCAUCCAGAGAGAUCUGGAUGACCACCAUGUUUCCCAUGGAAGAGCCUUUCCACCACAGGACUCUGACAUCAUGAAGCCACACAGACACCACCAGGGUACCCAGACAAAGGCAGAAGAGGCAUGGCCAACAAGAAAGAACGAUGCCAGUCAGCAAACCAACUGUGGAGUUGCUGUCCUAGACAAGGACAUCAUUCAACUCUCUGAAUACCUCAAAGAAGCCUUACAAAGGGAGCUGAUCCUAAAACAGAAAAUGGUGAUUCUCCAGGACCUCCUGCCUGCCCUGAUCCGGGCCUCUGACAGCUCUUGGAAGGGACAGCUUAAUGAAGACAAACUGAAGGGCAAACUAAGAUCCCUAGAAAACCAGCUCUACACCUGCCUGCAGAAACACUCCCCCUGGGGGAUGAAAAAGGUACUGCUGGAGAUGGAGACCCAGAGGAGCAGUUACGAGCAGAAGGCUAAGGCAUCGCUGCAGAAAGUGCUGGAGGAGAAAAUGUGUGCCGAGCAGCAACUGCAGAGGGCGCAGCUGUCCCUGGCUUUGGCAGAGCAGAAGUGUCAGGAGUGGAAGAGUCAGUACGAGGCUCUUAAGGAGGACUGGAGGACUCUAGGGGACCAGCACAGGGAGCUGGAGAGCCAACUGCAUGUGCUUCAGUCUAAACUACAGGGAGCAGACAGCAGAGACUCCCAGAUGAGCCAGGCCCUGCGACUUUUAGAAAAUGAACACCAGGAGCUGCAGACCAAACUCGAGAGCCUGCAGGGAGACCGAGAGCAGCAGAGCUCUGAAACCCAGGACCUACAAGAUCAACUAAAGAAGUCCGAGGAGGAGAGACAAGCCCUGGUGAGCAGAGUUCAACAGCUACAGAGUCUGCUUCAGAAUCAAUCCUUACAACUUCGAGAACAGGAGAAGCUCUUAAAGAAAGAUCAGGGUUUGCCUGUGUGGAAUCCAAAGCUCUCCCUUGAUGAAGUGAAGCCUGAGGGUACAGGAAAGGAGAAAGUCGAGGAGCUCAGAGACCAACUACAAAAGGAGACAUAUCAGCUCCAGGCCAAGGAAAAGGAGCGGCAGUGUAGCCAAUGGCUCCCAGCGCUGGUGGUGGUGAUUGCUACAGCACUGGCCGUGUUCCUGGCAAACAAAGGCAACCUGGUCAUCUGAAGAACUCCUGGCAUCUAUCUGAAGUAAAAUUCAGAAGCAAACAACUCCAUGAAAAAACUUGAGGUUUGGUACUUUAUAGCUUAGGUUUUUCCCUCCAAAUGAAUCUGGACCCCUAGCUUUAUUUUUCCCACCAUGCUGUAAAUAAACUUUGUCUCACAAGA